GAGAGACAGCUGAGAACAUCCGCCGGAGGAGCAGACAGACAGACUGCGGGUAGAGUGUUGCCGGGCGCAGGGAGAGCUCCAGAGCACACCGCUAAAAAUGGGAGUCGAAAUCGAGACCAUAACCCCGGGCGACGGAAGGACUUUCCCCAAAAAAGGGCAGACGUGUGUGGUGCAUUAUGUUGGCUCCCUGACAGAUGGACGCAAGUUUGACUCAUCCCGUGAUAGGGACAAACCUUUCAGGUUCAAGAUCGGCAAGCAGGAAGUCAUCCGAGGCUGGGAAGAGGGAGUAGUGCAGAUGAGUGUUGGUCAAAGGGCCAAGCUGACCUGCUCACCUGACUACGCUUAUGGAAACAAAGGCCACCCGGGCAUCAUCCCCCCUAACGCCACCCUCAUCUUUGACGUUGAGCUCUUGGGUUUGGAAUGAAAACACAUCCACAGCCUAUUUUUUUGUGUUGUGUGACUUCCUACCUGGGUGACCUGGAGAGAAGCUAGGAGAGUCUGCACUUGAUCUAUAGGAGGCUUGAGUUUAUAGUUUCACUACUUAUUUCAUCAAACUAUGACAGUUUGUGUUCUUUUGUCUCUGUGACUGAGUUAAUUCUAUUUUUCCAUCAUAUUCUUCUUCCUAAAAACUAUGGGCCAUAACCUUACAAACCUCCAUGUUCUUAAUCUUGAAUUGUUUUGAAUUGCGCUUCACUUUUCUUUGUGUUUUUUGAAGUGCUGGUUGUGCAUGGUUACGCUGAGAAGUACAAAGUACCAAUGAACCACUAGCAGCGACAUUCAUCCCUAAUGAGUGGAUGCGUCUUGGUAUUAUAAUGUUUGAGACCUGGUGCUUGUUAUAUUACAGAAACAAAAAAAGGUGUACAAAAGAAAAUGUACAAAAAAAGCACACGUUUCUAAUCCCUAUCCAUCUUCAAAUCAGAGCAAAUGAUAAUGACUUUCUUUUAGGGAGAUAAGGUUUAGUGUUGAAUUUAGUGGCUACCUGUAGUGAAAUGUCAAGUCAUGGAGACCGAACUGAGUUUGCUUUAUAAAAUGGCCAUUUUUAUAUAGUGCCACUGUGCUUUCUUUUUCUUUUAAAUUGUUAACCGAAGUGUGAGCUCCAUAGAUGUAAUUGGCGCAAAGGAGAACCAAUCACAGUUGUAGAUAGUUCUAAUGUGUGCCUAAAUAUUCUCACCAGACACAUGGUUUACUACCUUGCCCUGUCUGCAUGUCCUAGGCCCGAUGGAAGUCUUAGUUUGUAGAUAUUGAACGCUUUGCUUUUGAUUUGUGUUAUUAUUGCCUUCUCAUCUCGCCAAGUCUUUAAACCCAUUUAAAGCCAUACACAGGUCGAACAGUGCAAAGAUAGGAUUUGUGGUGACGCACAUCAAUUGGAUUUUGUUAUUUUUUGUCUUAGAAACAAGGGAAAUGCUUGAAAUUUACAAAAGGGGGUUGAGGAAUCAAUCAAAUUUUGACCUCCCCCAAUCUUAUUUUGUGUAACAACUUCAAUCAUGUAUUUUUCAGAUGCCAACUUUCUAUCUCUGAGAAUCAACAAAGCUAAUGUAUAACAUAUUAUGAUAGAUAAUGUGCUUCUUUUUUUUUUGUAGGUUUUUUUUUUUCAAAAGUUAUUUUGUGCGUGUCAGUAAAGUACCACGCUGCCUAACUAAAGUCUGUGUGGUUGUAGAAAAAAAUGCUGACACACGGGCAUCUUAGUGUUUUUGUAUCUCAAAUAAAUAGUUUUAAAUGGAGUUUAAAUGAAGAAAUACACCAGCCUGGUUGUCAGAUAUUGACUUUGGCUGUCGAUGUUACUAAUUGGCCAAGCUGCAACUGGUGAGACAGCAGUCCACCUCUGUACUGUGUAGUUAUGUGCUGAUACUUUACUGUAUGCAGGCUAAACCAAUGAUGACAUAUUUAAAAUAAAAGAAGUGCUCUCCA